AUGUUCGACUUGGAGGACGAUGCGUCGCGUCGAGAAAAGUGCUUCACCACCAUCAGCACGUUGCCCGCCUUUGUGGACCCCAAGCAGAUCCCAAGCAAGAAGUUCCCCUUCUCUGUCAUCCAGAACCACCCGCUAGUGCAUACUGUCGAGGCAAUUGUGCCUGAAGAAGUGUACUCACAGAUCAAGACAUCGUUGGAGACUUGGCUGGAGAACCCUCGAUAUGCACAUGUGCUGAUGCCGCCUUCUGCUCUCCUCGAGCACGAUUUCUUCAACACCUAUAUUAAAUCAGGAAACAUUCUUCUCGUUUCCGAGGGCCGCUCAGGAUCAGACAAUGUUUUCACACUUCGAGAUGGGGUCCUUCGCAUAGAGCUGGGGAAAGAGAUUUUAGAGCGGACAGGCCUGACCGGAAAGCCUAUUCGCAGUGGUGGUAGGAAACAUGGGAAGGAGAGAUUCUUGGUGGAAUUGAAUCUCCGGCUCCCCUCUAUGCUCCAUGGCAAGAAGGGCUUCGAGAGGAUUGUAUGGGCAUUUGACAAGGUUCUGAACCGAUCCAUGGCAUGGCUGUUCUGCGACUUGGAGACCAAGUCAAGUCAGGACCAAGGUAUACUAUUUUUCUCCCCCCCCCCCCUCCUCUCAAAAAAAAAAGAAAAAAGAAAGCAUGUUGAUGUUCAGGGGCCAGACAAUAAGCCAGUUGCCAAGCUUCACCCACAGUGGAUCGACUGUACGCCGCUCUGCAUUGAGCAUCGGCAUAUUUCCACUCCAGUCCUUGGAAAGGAUUUUGGGGCAAUGACCGAGGGUGAGCUGCAAGAGCACUGUGGAUCACUCUCAGAAUGGCUCGCCAUGGUCCGGCUAGAGUCUCCUCGUGUAUCAGCGGAUGACCAUAUCGACCCGUACUUGAGCCGUUACAGCGUGCCGGACGCUGAUGAAGUCCCGCCCUCUGAUCUGGUUAGCCUGAAGUGGCACGGUCUGAUACCGUCGACAUGGACAAUACAACUGUUCCUGUAUUUGCUACAUCACCCAAAGUCAAGCUCCUCGUUGACAUGGUUUGCUCUUUCCGCGUCAGCUCUAGGGCAGGAGGCUGUAGAGGGCAAGGACGGGUUUACAAUACUGGCGCUUCCAGCUAAGCCUUCUACUGGUCCAUCCGAGGAUGUGCAAAACCAGGAACAGGACGCUGCUCAUGGCCGGUCUUGUAUAUGCUGGGAGUUUGUUGGGUCCUCGGUAAUUGAGAACUAA